AUGCGUUCUUCGCUGCUGGAGGCGCUGCAGCAGCAAACUGCGCAGCCCGCCGGGUGUCUCUGCAUCUUUGAAGCACAUGCUGCUCUUCUGAGUGCCCUUUCGCUGCUGCUGCCUGCUAAGCGGCAGCAGCAAAGCGUCUCUCGCAGCAAAAGCAGCGGCAGCCUGGACCCCGAGCACAGUUGCUGCAGCAACAAGAGCAACAGCAGCAGCAGCGAGCAGCAGCACACUUCUCCAGCUUCAAAAGACUCAUCAGAGGGCCCCCAAGCAACUCCUCAGGGGGCCCCCCAGGGGGGCCCCCCUGGGGCCCCCAAUGAUGACCCCCAGGGGGGCCCCCCUGGGGCCCCACAUGAAGACCCCGCUGUGGGGCCCCCUGGGGGCCCCCCAGGGGGCUCCCAAGAGGCCCCACAGGGGGCCCCCCAGGGGGCCCCUCAGGGGGCCCCCCAGGGGGCCCCUCAGCAGCAGGAAAUCCCUGAAAAGCUUCCCAAGCUGCUGGGGGUGUCGAUUGGAUGUUUACAAAAACCUGCUUGCCCUGCCGAGGUGCUGGCAGCACGAAGCGCAGCAGCAGCAGCAGCAGCAGCAGAAGCAGCAGCAGCAGCAGCAGCAUUCUGA